AAGUGCUCUGCCACGUGUGUGGAAGAGAAACCUAUACCAAAGAAGUAUGUCCGGCAUCCUUUUAUUAGAGAUGUUUGUUUAACUGAAGUGAAUGAGGAUAACAUUGCGUCAUUCCGAGCUUUCUCUGGCCGAAUUCUACGCCGUAAUGUUCACGAGCAUCACGCGAAGCUGCCGAGGGAGAAAGAGAAUGGCACUGAAAAAAGUGAAGAUGUCUUUGACCCGUUUGCGCAUCAGCAGAUAUCCGUUUUGUUUGGAUCGUACUGUCCGAAAUCACCAAAUGCGCCGUUAUUCUGUGUUCGGCCAUGGGUUGUGAAUAUGGAAUAUUAUGGAGUGAAUGAUAUGUCACUGGGCGAUUUCUUGAAAAAAUAUUGUUUCAACAGGGCUUAUCAGUGUCCAUCAACAAAUUGUGAGUUGCCAAUGAUGGAUCAUUUGCGAAAAAUUGUCCACAGAAAUGCCUGUGUUGAGAUAACAACGCAAAACUAUGUGCAUAUUGGUGACGAGUGCAGUGCUGCUACUGUGAACCAACAGAACGAUUCGCUGCUUGCGUGGCAGUACUGCAUAAAGUGUGUCGAUAUUUUACAUAUUUUUAUCCGUAGUAGCUCUGAGCAGCUCAUCUCCUUAAGUGAGAUUCGGAAUCGAACGGUCUGA